AUGUCCAGUGGACGUCGCAUUCGCUAUGACCCAGAAACUGAGGAAGAGUCCGCCGAAUCCGAUAAAAGUCAAGAAAAUCUUACAGCAACGCCUAAAAGAAGUGUUCGGGUACGCCACAAAGUUAAAAAAUAUGGUGACUUUAUAGAUUUAUCGCCAGUAAAAAGAAGAGGCAAAGUCGAUUACGAAAGUUCUGAAGAAGAUGAAAGUAAACACUCAUGCUUAGAAAAACCUACAGCUUUAUUCUGCAGUGAUGAUGUAGACGGUCAAGAUAUUUUUAAGUUCAAAUCUAGACAUACUAAGAAUGGCCUGCACAAUAUAGUCAAGACAGCAAUUAGUAAUUCACCAAUAGCUUCUAACUCUCCUAUGAAUACCCCUAAAAAAAUCAAAGCAUUGGCUAAUUUACAAAGAACUUCUGCAGCAACACCUAAACAUGUAACAGAUAAGAUGAAAAAAAGAAUAAUUCGUGAAGUGGAAAGUGAAAGUGCAGAAAGUGAUUUCUCUGAUGGCAGUAGUAGCGAUUUCAUACCCGAAAAGAGUGAUGAUGAGUCUGAAUCAUCAUCGGGCUCUGAGAGUGCUGCAGAAAAUGAAGACGAAAGUGCAGAAGAGAGCGAUACGAAACAAUCUCAACGGCCGGAGAGAAUAAAAAUUGUCAAAAGCAAGGAAAGUAGGGUGAAGCCGAAGGAUACAGAAUACGUUGUUACACCCGAUAACUACUUCAUGAUGCAUUCUAGUAAAAAGAUAGCUACGUCCGACCACACGCUGGCGAGGCUGAAGAACAUGACAUUAGAGGACUCUGGCGACGCGGAGGCGUACGUGUCGGACGAGCACAGGGGCAGAGUCCUCGAGCUGCUGCAGUCAUACGAGCGGCUAUUCGACCGCUGGCUGUACGCGCUCGGCGAGCAGUUCAGCGUGAUGCUGUACGGCGUCGGCUCCAAGCGGGCCCUGCUGAACGGGUUCCAGGCGCAGCGGCUGCGGCGGUCGCCGUGCGUCGUCGUGAACGGCUUCUUCCCCAGCCUGACGAUCAGGAACGUUCUGGAAGCGGUCCUGGAAAUUGUGGGCGAACCGCGGCCGCCGUCGAGCGUGGGCGACGCUCUGGCCCUGAUCGACGCGCGGCUUACGGAGGGCCGAGUGGACCUGUUCCUGAUCGUACACAACAUCGAUGGGCCGAUGCUGCGCAACGCGAAGGCGCAGUCCGCGCUCGCCGGCCUCUCGCGGAUGAGCAGCGUGCACACGAUCGCGACCAUAGACCAUAUCAACGCGCCGCUCUUGUGGGACCAUUCGAAACUGAGCAAAUUCAACUUCACGUGGUGGGACGUCACCACUUUCCUGCCGUACAAGGAGGAGACAUCGUUCGAGAACUCUUUGAUGACGCACCGCAGCGGUGCACUGCAGCUUUCCUCCUUGAAGAGCGUUUACCAAUCGCUCACCACCAACGCCAGAGGAAUAUUCAACAUUAUUAUACAGUACCAGCUGGAUAAUCACAAACAAGGGCAUUACCAAGCUUCGGUCCGUGAGAAGUUGUUUAGAGAAGACCCGAAUCAGCUCAAACUGACCCGAGCUGUAGAUCUAGCGCGCGCUGUGGAGAGUGCGCAGGGUAUUGUUUCUGCUGGUGAAUUGGUACCGGUGACCAAAACGGAGUCAUUACUUUAUACGGAGUCCCGUCGGAGAGGCAGCACGCGCACCGGUCGCAGCGCUGGUGGCAGCGCCGGUGGCAGCGCCGGUGGCGGUGGCAGCUCAAGAUGUGGCGUUUGUGGCGCGAGGUCACACGACGCCGAAGCAUGUGGUUACCGUCAUUUGUCGUGUAAUGAUGAAAACCCGCUGGCUCUGGAGGUGAGUGUGCGGGGUGUUGCACUCAUUAUGGAGGUCGAUUCUGGAAGUGGGGUGUCGGCACUGCCCGGACACCUGUGGCGAUCUACGCCUAACACUCCCACUGUGAACCAGACCUUGCGCAGUAGUAGUGAAGCCUCCGAGUGGGCUGAGUUAGAAGACUCAUUCGGUACGCCGUCAAAUGCAACAGACUUAGGGCAACAACCCCGCACACCUAUUCCUGACGAGCCAGGUUUACCUUUUAAAGAUUUAUACUCGAAAUCACGUGAACAAUUUCUGGUGAGUUCAGAUUUGGCUUUGAGAGCUCAACUUACGGAAUUUUUGGACCACAAAUUAGUUAAAAUAAAGAGGACAUAUGAUGGUAGUGAAAAUUUAGUGAUACCAAUUGAUAGUAUUUUAUUACAACAAUUUUUGGAACAGCAAAAUAAU